CUCAGUUAACAGAUGGUGUUCGCGUUGUAAUGUCAAUGGUUGAACUUCUUUGUUCCUUCGUCAUGUAAAUAGUGUCAUUUGUAAAGACAACCUUUGUGUUAACUAAGUUUUAUAACCGCGUCUUGAAAAUAGUUGUGCCACAUUCUCUGUUAUGUCGUGUGAAGAUAAAUUCAAUGCCGCUGUUAGCGUCAUUAGAAAUCUUCCUAAAAAUGGGUCCUACCAGCCCUCGAACGAACUGAUGCUGCGGUUCUACGGGUACUUCAAGCAGGCGACCGAGGGACCGGUGAGCAGCCCGCGGCCCGCCUUCUGGGACGUCGUCAAGCGGGCCAAGUGGGACGCCUGGGCCAGGCUGGGCAACAUGCCUAGCCAGCAGGCCAUGCAAGCCUACGUCGACGAGCUCAACAAGAUUGUCGAAACGAUGGCAUUUACAGACAAUGUUGCUGAUUUUCUGACUAGUGUGGACAGUUUUACGAAUCACGUUCCAGUAGAAGACUUAGAGUUGUGCAUAGGACCAGCACUGGAAAAGGUCAGGUCGCUACCUGGAUCUCCUCUUGCUAAUACACCACUAGGAUCUCGAGAUACAUCCCCAGUUCGUGGAAGAAUCUCUUCCCCGGCGCCUGUCGAGCAAGAAGAAGAGGACGACGAUUUUCUUGAUUCGAUGGAUCAAACUGAACCUGAACCAAGAAACAAAGAAGUAUGGAAAAAGAGUAUAAAGAUGAACGGUAAUGUAAACAUUCCUCAACAAGAAGUUAAACUGCCUAAUGGCUACCUUGAAAAUAGAAGGCGUACAAGUGCGGAUUCCAUUAGUGACACACUGCACAAAGCAGUCGAAAAUCUACGUAGAGACAUGGCUAUUACUAAUAGUAGGAUACAGGCCCUCGAAUUUCAUUUUUCUAAGAAACGAACGAACAGUUUUGGUGGUCUCACCAAAGAAGCUAUUAUCUUCAUCCUCAUCUGGCCAUUGAUUUCUUAUUUCUUAAUCAACCGAUUAACUAGGAGGAAUUAACACUGAUAUCCCUUAAGAGAGACGUAAUCAUUAUCAAAGUGGGCCUUUUUGUUGUAUAUUGUAUAAAUAAAUCCAUUAUUGUUACUGUAAUAAAGAUUGAUUAUUAAUGUCUUGAAAAGAUAUUAUUAGUAGGUGAUAAAUAUUGUGAUAUGAAUUAAAAUUAGUACUUCGAUUGUAAUUAGUUGUUUUUGAUGUUUGUUUUUUUUUUCUCCUUUGAUCAAACAUAAACACAACUUGUUAAUUGUACUUGGUUUUUAGUAUAGAUUAGAAACUGUAAAUAAAUUCAAACAUUUUUAAAUUGUAAAAGUACUAUUUUUAUAUCGAGAAAUUUCAGUUUCUUUCUUAAAUUUAUGUCACAGUUAUUCAUGCGAAAGAUUUAUGUUGAAAUAAGAUAUAUUUAAAAUAAAUUGUUUCUGUACAAACA